UGUGUGAUUGUAGACAAUAGUUUAGGCAUAAAAAAAGCAUUUUACAAAAAUUUGUCGUUUUUAAAAUGUAAAUUCAAAUGUACUAAAACUCACGACAACCAAAAAAAAAAACCUUCAAAACUAAACAGAACACAAUCCGCAACUUUCUUUUUUACCUCUUGAAAAUAAACUUGGGUCAAAAAAAAUGGCGCCGCAACCAAAGAGAUUUGCUCCACUGCGAACACUGGGCAUAUUUGUGGCCAGUGUGACCGCAGUAUACAUGGGUCUAACGGCCUACGAGAACCAGGAUAGUCUCAUUCGGACAUUCAUAAUGCCGGCAGUGCGCCGCCUGCCAGUUGAGAUGUCGCACAAUCUGGCGCUGCUGGCGUGCAAAUAUCGGAUUAAUCCCGUUUCCCAACAUCUGGAUGAUUACAAUUUGAACACCUCGUUCUUCGGACGACUCAUUAGCAAUCCCAUUGGCAUUGCGGCCGGCUUUGAUCGCAACGCUGAGGCACUGCAUGGCCUAAAGGAUUUGGGUUUUGGUUUCAUCGAGAUUGGCAGCGUGACACCAAUGGCCCAGAAAGGCAACGGCCGAACACGCCUCUUUGGCCUGUAUGAAGAUCGGAAGAUCAUGGGAUCAAGCGAUGGCUUCGAUAGUGACGGACAUUAUGUGGUGAUGCAACGUUUGAGGCGGGCGCUCGCUCGCAAUGAUUUCAAGGCGAUUGUCGGCGUUAAUCUCGGCUCCAAUCGGAGCUCAACCACGCCCACUCGAGACUAUGCGACAGGGGUCAAGACUUUUGGGCCAGUGGCCGAUUUUCUGGUGGUGAAUGCAACAAGUGCGUCAACAGCAAGCGGACAACCUAGCUGGGCGAAUAAGAAGCAAUUGAUUGAGGUGCUGACGGCAGUGAAUAAUGCCAGAUCGCAACUGCAGCAACGGAAAACUGUGCCGAUUUUAUUGAAACUUUCGCCUGACAUGACGCUAGACGAAAUGAAAGACACUGCUGCGGUUAUUUCUAUGCGAAAAUGCCGUGUCGAAGGUCUCAUUGUGGCCAAUUCGACGGCGACACGCGACAAUCUGUCGCCAUCUUUGGUGUCGCAUGAUAAUAACGGUGCUUUAAGUGAUGCUCCACUGCGAGAGCGAUCCACAAAGCAAAUUGCACGCAUGUACGAACUGACCAAGGGCAGUGUGACCAUCGUUGGCGUUGGCGGUAUUUCAUCGGGCAGGGAUGCAUUUGAGAAAAUUCAAGCUGGCGCCUCGUUUGUGCAGCUUUACACGGCCCUGGUUUACGAAGGCCCCGAUUUGGUAGAUCGCAUCAAAGGGGAACUCUCGAUGCUGCUCAAAGAGUCAGGCUAUGCUAACGUACGCGACGCUGUUGGCUCCAAUUACAAACAAUAUCUGCCCGGCAAAUAAGACUUAGUACGAAAUAAAGCUUUUGCAUCUUUUAACAAUGUA